UUCCAGUUCAACCCGACGGUUGAACCGGUGACCCGUCCACCCGAUGCCUUUUCCGGUUCGUUCACUGGUCCGGUUUUUAAAACAUUGCCACCACCUUCCUCCACAAUCUCUCCCUCUCCUCCAUAAAACGCCACAACCACUUCCCUAAAAGAGCCCAAUUAAAUACAACCAACCUCUGAACUCUCAAACCUCCUCCCGCCUUGGGCCUACCAACAAUAUCCCAAGCCACCAAGUGAUAAUGAAAACCCUCCCUCCCACCACUCCACAAAAAGUCCCGUUGCAACCUUUCUAACCGUUUAGCAACUGUCAUCGGAAGCACAUGUACCGACAUAAAGUAUGUCAGUAUACUAGAAAGAACACUCUUAAUCAACGUAAUCCGCCCUCCUUUAGAUGAGUACUGUCGCUUCCAACCCGCCAAACGUCGCUACACUCAAUCUACCACCCCAUCCCACACCCCCCUUUCUCCUUAAAAGUAGCCCCCAAGGGAAGCCCCAAAUAAGAAACCUGUACAGUAGCCACCCUACAGCCCAAAAUGGUUGCCAAUCCUGGAAGAGAAACCACCUCACCCACUGGAAUCAAUUCUGACAUUGCCAAAUUAACUCGGAGCCCAAACACCGCCUUAAAACACAACAACACACGCCGCAAGUGACCAACUUGAACUGCAUCCACAUCACAGAAAAUCAACGUAUCAUCUGCAUAGAAGAGAUGAGAAACCACUAGAGUAGCAGGAUUCAUCCCCACCUCAAACUUUGACGUCAAACCCUCUAGAACUGCUCUAGACAGCAUUCGGCUCAAGGCCUCCAUUACCAAAAGAAACAGUAAAGGAGAUAAAUAGUCUCCCUGCCGCAAACCCCUCCAUGUAGGAAAGAAACCAGCCGGCUUCUCAUUAACCAAUAUCGACAUCCGCACCGUAGAUAUACAAAACUUCAUCCAGUUUCUCCAUUUCACCCCAAAACCCAUUCUUUCCAACACAUAGAGCAAAAACUUCCAAUUCACAUUAUCAUAAGCCUUCUCAAUAGUCAGCUUACAGAUAAUACCCUCCUUGCCUUACCUAAUACGCUAGUUCACACACUCAUUUGCUACAAGCACAACAUCCAAAAUUUGACGCCUCCUUACAAAAGCAUUCAGAGACUCUGACACCACCCCCUCCAGCACACCCCGAAGUCUAUUGGCCAGCACUUUGGCUAAAAGCUUAUAAACACAGCCCAACAGUCUAAUCGGCCGAAAAUCUCAAAUAUCCUGCUCUCCCUCUUUCUUAGGGAUCAAGGCUAUAAAAGUUGCAUGAAGGCUCUUCUAAAACUGCCCUGUCUGGUAGAACUGCUCAAACAGGGCCAUGACGUCCGUUUUCACCACCCGCCAACACUGUUGGAAAAAUGCAAUAGAAAAAGCAUCAGGCCUUGGCUCCUUAUCCCUAGGCAUACUCCUCAAAACACCCAACACCUCCUCCUCUGUGAAUGGUCUCUUCAUCAUCUGACCAUCCACCUCUGAGAUAGUAUCAAAAGUAACCCCAUCUAUUCCCGGCCUCUACAUCUCCCCCUCAUCCCCGAAUAAAUUCUGAUAGAAACCUACUAUACCACUCCUAACUUCCUCCUCUGAAGACAAAAUCACCCCAUUAACACACAUUUUCCCAAUUUGAUUCGACCUCCUAUGAGCAUUAGCCAUUCGAUGAAAGAAUUUUGUAUUAUGGUCCCCAUCCUUCAACCACAGACAUCUAGACUUCUGACGAAAACUAAUUUCCUCCAUAUGGGCAAUAUGCCCAUACUCCUUUGGAGCCCCAUUCUGACAAACCAAGUCUGCUUUAGAAAGAUCUCCCUCAGCUUCCUUGCCGUCCAACUCUUGUAUCACAGACAAGGUAUCCGCCUUCUGAGCCUCUAACCAACCAAACACCUCCACAUUUCACCAUUUCAAAUCAGACUUGAGCAGUUUCGGCUCCAAAGCUAACCGACAAUUAGGCAAACCUACCACAGUAUAACUACCCCAUCGGCCUACAACCUUGUCAACAAAGCCCUCUGUUUGCAGCCACAUGUUUUCGAACAAAAACAGAGUUAGGCCACGCCAGAACCCUCCACUAUCCAAUAGCACUGGCCAAUGGUCCGAGAUCGGACGCUGCAACCUCAUCUGGAUCAUCUGAGAAAAGUACUCCUCUCAAUCCCCGGUAACCAAAAAUCUAUCAAUCUGGGACAUUGCCCAACCUCCUGACCAUGUAAAACCCCUUCCCUGUAAGGGCAUAUCAAUCAACUCCAUCUCAUCAAUAAAAGAAGAGAAUGCCCUCAUAGGCCCCAUCACACACCUUGCCCCGACCUUCUCCUUUGGACUUUGGACCACAUUGAAAUCCCCACCCACACACCAAGGCGCCCCCUGCCAAAAAGCUAUACUCUGAAGUUCCUCCCCAAAGGCACUCCGAUCCACCCCCCUCACUAGGCCGUACACCCCUAUGAACAUCCACUGGAAAUCAUCCUCGAUACACCGGAACAGACAAGACAAAGAAUAUCCCCCCACUUCUUCCCCCUCCUUCACCACCACCCUACUAUCCCAACAUAUUAAGACACCACCAGCUGAACCCAAAGCUGGUAAAACUACCCACUCCACAUAUCUCCCACCCCACAACUCCCGAACUAACUCCCCGCCAAUGCACUCCAUUUUUGUCUCCUAUUGACGACGUUAUGAGAUUAACAUCAAAUUCUUCCCUGACAAAGCCACAGCAUUGGCAUUUCAAAUUCUUCAUGAGCUUGUUGAGGAGUUAAAAAUUAGGCCAUGUCCUGUUGUAUUUGCAUCUUUUUCUGGUGGUCCAAAAGCUUGCAUGUACAAGGUUCUUCAGAUAAUUGAGGGAAAGUGUGAAGCACAACUCGAUCCGGAUGAGUAUCAAUUGGUUAGAGACUGUGUUUCUGGCCACAUUUACGAUUCGAGUCCAGUUGAUUUUACCAGUGAUUUGGGCACUCGAUUUGUUCUUCACCCAACUGUCCUUAAGAUGUCCCAUCCUCCACGACUAGUAUCUUGGAUUGCAAAUGGAAUUGCUUCUGGUUUGGACACCGUCUGCCUUAGCAGAUUUGAAUCACAACGUGCUGAGUAUUGGCAGACUCUGUACUCCUCUGUGAGCAUGGGGGCUCCGUAUCUCAUUUUGUGUUCAGAAGAUGAUGAUCUUGCUCCCUAUCAAAUAAUUUGCAAUUUUGCCCACCGUCUACAAGACCUUGGUGCAGAUGUCAAACUGGUGAAAUGGAAUAGCUCUCCUCAUGUAGGUCACUAUCGGCAUUAUCCAAUCGACUACAGGGCUGCUGUGAUUGAGCUACUUGGAAAGGCUGCCAUAAUUUAUUCUCAUAGAAUUAAACAACUUGAGGGAGAGGGAAUGGGCUUCGACGGCACACAGGAUGAGAUUUCCAAACCAUUUUACAAGUUGAAGAGAGCAGCAAUGAAUUCAAAUCAGAGCUUUCAGAGAGUUGCUCUCGAGCUAAAUGACCACUUCUUCGUGCCCAGUUCAGUGGAGUAUCAUGAGGACAGAGUUGUCGGAUCAACACAGGAUGAACAUAAAGAAGGCUUAAUUCCUCUUUCCAACCCGCCAAGUAUUAAUGCUCAUGGGGUUCUCGGUCAAAUUCUUUUUGAUGUAUGUGUUCCCAAGAAUGUUGAAGGCUGGGAUAUGAGUUCAUCGUCCUCCUUGAAUAGGCCACCAUUUGCUUCUUCAAGAUGGCAUUCGCCUCUCAAUCCUAUCAAAUGCAUGAAUCCUAUUAAAUGCAUUCGUCGCUCAAGGUUAUAAUAUAUCUUUACUUAUUGGGUCCUUGGCGUUUUGUUUGAAGCGUGUUGUUGCUACUUGCGAGCAAUGCUUUUGGCUGGAGCAUGAAGGGAAUAAUAGGUUUGUGCAUUUCUCAUUUUGAUGGUGGUUUGAACUAAUCUGACACAAAUUGUACAGUUAAUUUACCAGGGCAACCUUAAUGACUUUAAGUUCUUCUGAGUUUGUGGGUAGAAUGGUCUCCCUAUGUGUUAGAAAUAAGGAGGUAGAAGUUUGUUGAAUGUAAUAUCCAUGCAGUUGCCUAAAUUCGGUCAUCCCAACUGUGAUUGCCGCAGUGUUUUUGUUUUUUAAUAAAUGAGGUGGUUUUUGAAUUUUACUUGUAUAUUUUUUGCUUUUAAUUUAUAAUAAAAUGCAGCAAACAAAUGUUGGAUUUGGAUUUG